CCGAUUAGCCCGAUUGGUGACGCUGAGGGGGUUCCGGCACCUUCUGUGACCGUGGGGAUGGCGAUGAGUCCGGUGGGGCCGGCACCUGGCAUUGAUGGCGGGGAGAACGGUCCGCUUGGCUUUGGAUUCGGAAUGGGGCUUGGGGCGAAGGAGAAGAGUUAUCGGGGAUUGUCGACGUCUAUGGCUACUGGUUUGGAUGGUGGUCUCGAUGCGGAUACUUGGGAUUACGAAUACGGGUGUGGACGUCAGUACGACUAUGAUUACGGGGAGGGAGGUAUUUUUGGAUAUGACUAUGGUGGUGACGGUUCUGACAACCCCCAUCCUCUAUUGGUUAUUCCACGGCUAGAACGGGAUGGUGAUAGCAGUGGCAGGGCUAGUCACGAGCACAGACAUGCAGGCAAACCCGAAAUCACCGUGGAGUCGCCGGUAUUGAGGCCCCUGAGAACCACGCGGAAGGACAAGGCGAGACGGGCGGUAUCUUCUUGGUCGAGGAGGGCCUUGGGGUUGUGAUUCUUUCGUUUAUUGCUAUUGGUGUUGGUCG